AGUCACCCCCAGGGUUUUUAAGGCAGUACACUCUUGUGUGACCAGAGGAAAUCACUUCAGAAGGCUGGAGGAUUCCUCUGCAGUGGAACACUUUCCACCCCCGGUACCUGGAAACACUGUGCAUGCAGAAGAGGAAGAGCCAAAACUCUGCAGCGGAAAGUGAAUGCAGACCGCCAGUAUCUGUGACUCACCGAUUCCGCAAUAAGAAGAAUUAAACAGAGCAGUCUGUUUACAAUUAAGACAUUGCUGAGUUUUAUAAGCUGAAGGAUUUAUAUUUAAGGACGAGAUUUGCUGACAGGGACGUCUUUGAGCACCACUGGAAGACAUUUCUUCGCAUAUAUGAAGCCAGACUCUGUUGCUAUGACAGCGCUGAGCAGCCUGGGUAAGCAGGGCGCGGUGUGUAUCUUCGGGACGGGGGACUUUGGCCGUUCCCUGGGUCUUCGCCUGAUGCAGGCAGGGUAUGACGUCGUCUACGGAUCCAGAGACCCCAAAAACUCAACUCUGCUGCCCACGGGUUCCAAGGUGAUGAGCCACGAGCAGGCGGCUCAGACGGCCAGGGUGAUCUUCAUAGCCGUCCAUCGGGAGCAGUACAGCUUCCUGACCUCGCUGACCUCCGCUCUGGAAGGGAAAGUGCUGGUGGACAUUAGUAACAACCUGAAGAGGGGUCUGUACCCACAAUCCAACGCUGAAUACCUGAGCACACUGGUACCGGGGGCAGUAGUGGUCAAAGCCUUCAACACCAUCUCUGCCUGGGCUCUGCAGAAUGGAGGGCUGGACGCUAACAGACAGGUGCUAAUCUGUGGUGACCAUGCCGAUGCUAAGCAGUCAGUGGUGGACAUUGCCCAGAGUCUUGGGCUCACCGCUCUGGACCGUGGAUCUCUGAGAGCAGCUUCCGAGCUGGAGGACAUCCCGCUUCAGCUCUUCCCCAUGUGGAGACUGCCCUUCCGCAUCGCUGUCGGACUCCUCGCGGCGUUCUUCUUCUACGUUCUCGUCCAAGACGUGAUCUACAAAGGGGUCACGGAGGGAAAGGACAUCUCCUUCCGCAUCAUGAUCUCUUUGGCCAACAAGGCGAUCCCGAUGGUGGCCUUGGUGAUGCUGGCGCUGUGCUAUUUGCCGGGCAUCAUGGCGGCCUUCUUGCAGCUCUACAAUGGCACUAAGUACCGCCGCUUCCCGGACUGGCUGGACAGAUGGAUGCUGUGCAGGAAGCAGCUGGGAUUGCUCGCUCUAGCCUUCGCUUUUGUGCAUGUGCUCUACACCUACGCCAUCCCCAUCAGAUACUACGUAUUCCACCGCAGGUUCACCUUCACUUCUACAAUGAUUAAAGAGAACAAAACGUACGAGUUUGACAACGUCAUGGCCUGGCGCUCAGACUCCUACCUGGCCAUGGGAAUGCUGGGAUUCGCAUUGUUUGUUUUGCUGGGAAUUACAUCCCUGCCAUCUGUCAGCAACUCACUCAACUGGAGAGAAUUCAGCUGUAUACAGUCUAAAUUAGGUCAUGUGACCCUUCUGCUGUGCACAGCUCAUGUCUUCCUGUAUGGAUGGGAAAAAUUUCUGCGACCGUCGGCCUACAAGUGGUUUACCCCGCCGAGCUACAUGAUGUCCCUGGUGGUCCCCUGUGUGGUUCUGAUUCUGAAACUGCUUCUGAUCACUCCGUGCAUGGACCGAACCAUCACCAGAAUACGGCAGGGCUGGGAGAGACCGGCUAAAGGUGGCACAGCAGGCAAGGAUGCGAAGAGUAGUCGGCCGCUCAUUCUGUAAAGGACUCUGAAUGCACAGUGUGUUCUCUGAAUGCAUGAUCUACAGCUUACACCCUUUAAAGCAACACUAUGUAACAUUUUAACCUUAAAACUGCAGUUUAAAUAUCAUUGUGAUGCUCCACUGACGCCGCUAACUGCACUUAAAUGACCGUGGUGAACUCACAAAAAAUGUAUCACUGCAUAACUCAAGUUAAAAUAUUUGUGUAAUAUUACUAUACUGCCUUAUAUCACAUGCUUCUUUCACUUUCAGUAAUGGUUCUCCAUCUCUCAGCUUGUCCAAAAAGGCAUGUAUUAAGAGUGUCCUUUAGGGGUGGCCCAAAGAACUUAAAUACACUUCUGGACUGUAGGGGGAGCCCAGGAGCAAGAAAUACCCAUUCUCACGUAAUGCUUCUUUACAGGAAUCUUUUGAUAAAAUCUUUAAAGAAAUAUAUUUGUAAAUAGAAUGUAAAGAACAAUUUUGAAGUACGGAUAUCAUGGAAAAAUGAAAUGUUCUCACUUUUUUUACGCACAAUAUAUAUAUAUAUAUAUAUAUUAAUAGGUCAACUAGAAAAUAGCAGUAUAUGUAAACAUAGCUCACACCCCAGUCUAUACAGCACAUAAAUAUAUAUGCUAAUUAAGCUGCAUAAAUUGCUGCUUUAUAUUGGUUUAUAUUUUUGUAAUUUCACAACUGCCAACACUUUUUAAUACAAUAGAUCUGCUUACUCAUUUACAGUAAAUUUUAAAAAAGUGUUUUAAAGAUUUGUGAAUGAUUCACAGAUCAUUUACAUACAAUAUAUCAGUUUUAAAGGCAAAUUUGAAAAAAAUAAAACAGUGUCAGUGGCCCUUGUUCAUUUUGCUUAAUUAAGCAAUGCAUUAUUUUUUGUUUGUUUAUGGCACUUAAAACAUCACAAUUGUCAGAAGUGAACCUCAGGGAUAAAUAAAUGUUGGAUAUGGGCCUUUAAAAGAACAUAUAACAUUCCUGUAAUGUGAUUUUAUGCAAAAAAAAAAAAAAAACACCUCUAAAUCUGUAUCAAGCUUCUAUCAGCACUGAAACACUGGACUCUUGUAUGUAUUCCUCUCCUUUCAGGGUCUUUGUGUUCGUAAAUAAAAUACUAAAAUGCUAUAAAGA